AUGUCAUUCUCCGACACUUGCGCUUUGUUAUCGUGUCGUAUAUUUUCUUAUUAUCUCAUUAGAAAAAAAUUCUCGUGUAUAGGUACUCGCAGAUUUCAUAUGGAUAUAAAUGAUGAAGCGAAGUCUAAAAUGGAAAUCAUCAACAUACCACCAAUUAUAUCUACGUAUCGUCAGGCCCUACGUACAUUCGAUGACAAAUUUAAAAGUGAAUUUCCAACUAAUUUGAACAAACUUAAGUCUAUGAUGGAUGGAUUAAGAGCAGACGAUUUAGGUUUCGAUAAAAGUUUCACUGAGCCCAGUACAUGGAAUAAACCAAAUAAGGCCCCUUGUACAUACAUUGAGGUGUUUCAGAAUAACAAAGUAAACAUGAGUAUUUUUGUGUUAAAACCCGGCUUCCGAAUGCCUUUGCAUGAUCAUCCUCAUAUGCACGGUCUCCUCAAAGUAAUAUCUGGAGCGGUCCGUAUUAGGAGCUUUACUGAAUUUCCUCUUAAGGAAGCUGCAGAUUUGAUUGAUUUUAAAACGAGAGCAAAACACGAAGCAGCACGUCUAGCACAGGGAGUUCAUAAAAGAAGAAAACUUUUUGCACAAAUAUCUCAAAAUAAUAUAUGCAGAGAAAAUUCAGCGACUUGUAUUCUAACACCAACUAUUUCAAAUUAUCAUGAGAUUGAAGCAUUAGAAUUACCAGCAGCAUUCUUUGAUAUACUUGCUCCACCUUAUGAUACAUUUGUGGAAGGUGUUGGUCCCAGGAGAUGCAGGUAUUAUUAUAUAAAUAAUGAGGUAAGCACAAAUGUAGUGGAAUUACAUGAGACUUCAGCCCCAGAGUGUUUCUUUUGUGAUCAGGCUCCUUAUUUGGGGCCCAUACUCUCCUAGGUGUAUUGCAGCAUAGUAUUUUAAAUAGGGUAUACAUGCAUGAAGUUAUAAUUUGAUAAUAUUCUAAGUAAAUAUAUUUUUUGAGUGAACUUACAAGAAAUCAUUCUUUUUAGAGUUCUUUUGUAAUUUAAAAUUAACAGGAGGUCUGUUUUCAUUUCUCCAAUGCUCAAGGAAGAAUGGGUGUAAGUUAUCUGCAAUGGCUCACAGUCUCAUUCAGUUAAUUGAAUAUCAAAAUGAAGUUAGUGAAAUAAAUUUGAUUUGACCUUUUGAGGCCUUGAAUUUCACAAUAUUUAAUGUUUAAGUUCUCAAAUACAUAAGGAAUCCCAUUUAUAUUUAAAAAAUGUAGUACUUCUUAACAACCCUGACUUAAAAUAACCUGAACCUGUUAUUUUAUGUUGGUUGUUAGUAUGAAUUGAUAGAAUAAUUUAACAUAUAUCUACACACUAUCACAUCUACCUUCCUGGGGGCGGGAUAAAGUUACAGAUCUCCAUAAGCCUUAGUCCCAAUAUAUUUUCCUGUCUUCAUUUACUAUCAAUCCUUUCAUACAACCUCUAUUAAUAUUUGUGUGUUUGACUUAACUAAAAUAUGUACUUUUAGGAUGUUAAACAAACUAGUUAAAAACGUUUUUAUUAAGGCACUUACACUGAUUUGUAUAUAUAUAUGAGAUUCUAUAUUAUAUAGCAUGAUGAAUCACAAUGAUUAUGUAUAGUGUAAUAAAUUAUGAUGAAUGAAUGAAUAAAGUUUGAUUAUUAAGUGGAAGUCACAAUUGCACUUGAACUAUACUUAAAACCAUAAUGUUAUUACCAUUGUUAUUUUAAACGAUGUAACUUGUUUUUAAUUUGCAUGGGAUUUGUCGUUAAAGUGACAAUAUUAAUAUAAGGUAAAAAUUUCAGCUCAAUAUUGUGCUUCAUCAGAUACAGCCAUUAUUUGUAUACCCUUUGGGGAUAGGACAACUCCAUCUUCACACAUUCAUAUAUUAUAGAAAUCGCAGUAGGUAUUUUUACAUUCAAGCUUUCUAAGCUAUCUCAAAUAAAAGUAUGGGUAAAUACUUGAAUUCAUGGCAUAAGGAUCAAUCCUUCAAUCAACCAACCUCAAUCUUUCAAUCAACCUCAAGGUCACAUAACAACAUUUUAGGUCAAAAUAUGUCCAUGUUGCAUUACAGUUCCCUUUAUGUCACAGGUUCCCCUCAGGUUGAAAUAAUAAUUAAUUAAUUUAAUAAUAAUAAUUAAUUCACACCUCUUAAUUCAAUAUUAAGUUAAAUGAAUUUGGAUAUCUGCAAAUAUUAUAUAUUAUUUAGAAGACCCAAACUGUUCACAAAAUAAAAACAUUUUUACAUCAUCUCUCUUUUAGUUCCUCUGCCUGCAUAUUUCUGGUACUUAAACUGAUAACCUACUCUAUAUUAACACUGUGUUAUACAUACACUAGCUGACCCUUUAAGCCUACUAGAAUUAGUUACAAGCAAUCCCUUAUUUCUACUGUUAUAAUGUCAGCAAAUUGCAUGUAUUACAACUGUGUAAUGUAAACAAAACUCUAAAUCACAUUAUAUAAUAUAAUUCACAAAAUUGAUGAUGAUAAAAAAGAGCCAGAUAAAGGUCUCCCUUACUUCAACUUGGCUUGCUUCACCUUCUGUUUUAUACCGUAGUUUUCUCUUACAGUCAUUCUUAAAAUGUGGACUUAGACUCAGAGGUAGGAUUCGUAGAUAAUGAUUGUUUUAAAUUUCAUCUCAUUAAAGAUUACUGUUAUUUAACAGAUAUAUAGAUAAUAAUAUCUGACUUGCUCACAUAAUUUAUACAAUUAACACUUAUAAACAGUACUCAGUUUGCGGCUUAAGAAAUGUUAGAGGUCUAAGUAUAGACCUAAUGUUAUUAAUUCAUUACCCUGUAUGUGUUAGUCUUAAUUAUUUUUCCAUCACUUUGAUUUCAGUAUUGAAUCUUGUUGGAUCUAAACUGUAAUUUAAGUUGAACUUUUGAAAAUUUGUUAUUUGAAAAAUUGACAUGAUGGAUAAGUGUUUGAAAGCUUAUAUUUCAUCAUGCAUGUAAAGUUGCGAGCUUAAAAUAAUAUAAUUUCAAGACUGUAUUAAUUUAGAAGAUGAUUUAGGCAUUAAUAAUAUUAUAUAUGGUGUAAUAUUUUGCUUAUAUAAUAAGCUUAGUGUUAAAUUUUUUGAUGUGUAACAUUAAUAAGUUUUAGAUGUUUUAUAAUAGUUUACAAUUUUUUUUAAUGAAUUGACAGUCGCUAUAAUAUUUUAAAGUUAUUAGAUACUUGCAUUCGGAUUGUGUUAUUUUCAACACAUUAUAUUUAGUUAUUUAUCAUCCAUUAUGUGAAACAGUGGUGAAAUAUUCUGUUUGUAUGCUUUCGAAAAUUGAGGAGAGUGAAAGGACUAAUUUAAUAAAAAUAUUCCGAAUGAACUGGUGUUAAGGAUAAUUGAUUCAGUUUGAUCUAAUGAACUUAUUUUACUACUUGGUUAGUGUUCUCUAUAGAUUUUAUGUAAAAAUACUUAUGCCAUAUUAUAGUCUAUACUAGGCAAUGUUUGAUGCGGUCAUCAGGUUGACCACACCUGACUGGGACGUAAUUAAAAAUCUAGUAUUCAAAAAGUUGUACUCAUAAUUAUAACAGUAAAUAUAUUUGCACAGAUAUUCGUACCUAUAUCUACUAAAGUGAAAUAAUUUUAGAAACAAUUUUAGAUACAACUAUAUUUAAAUAGGUUUUACUAACUAUUAAUCGGUCUUCGUACCGACUAGUUUCGUCAUGUGUGUUGUGAGUUAGCGGUCGCGUCCCGUCUAGCACUACGCAUUUGCGCUCGUAGUGUAGGCGGUGGUGAUUGACAUGGUAGGACUUAAAUGUUUAGAUUAUUAGGUAGAAGACUGGUACAAAAUCGCAAACUUUGUGCACUAAUUCAAAACUUGACCGAUUUCUUCGGCGGGCGCCAAUAACUAAAGUUAGCUUGUAAUUUUUGUUCUAACUUAUUAAAUGUCAAAUAUCCAAUCGAAUUAUUAUCUCUCUCGGAUUUCAUUGGUUAAUAAGUUUAUAGGAAAAUAAACCAUCUUGUAAACAAAAUAAGGGUCAAAACCGGUGGACUUUGGGGUAUAUGUAGACAUAUGAUUUUGGAAUGUUAAUAGCGGCUUAAAUAAUAUGUAUUACUUCGUUAUAUGGAUGUCGCCCGUUUUAUAGCAUGGGCACAAAUUUGAAAAGUCAUUUAUAGGUUGAGUACUUUAUAGAAAGAUUUUUCUUAAAUAAUCAAUUCAUAAUGUAAUGGUGUGCAUAUUUUCCGUUAUAACAUAAUAUACAUUGAUACCCGAGAAUGAAUUAUUACUAUUGAUAAGGUAAAUCCAUGUGACACAGAUUGCCAAACAGGAAAUAAAUGUGAGUUACUAAGUGAGUUCUAAUUUUUCGUUCAUUAAUAAAGUAACUAUGCUAAGUGUAAGCUUAGCUUUUAGUCAUUUGACAUUGCCAUUUGUCAUUUUUUCACAGCUUAUAUUAUACUGAGCAUAAACUAAGGCAGCCCCAUGCAAAAGUCGCGUUUUAUCACACUCAGCUAAGUUUUAUGUAAUUUAAGCCUGAGCAAAGUCUAUUCUAUUCUGUUCUUAAUACUAUGGCUCCUGUGGAAGGUAUACCGUAAGUUUGCUAAUGUCACGUUAAAGUAGACCACCAAGCUUAGAGAAUUUUUGUAUUCUAAUUUGAUUGGUAGUGGUCGGCCCUAGAGAUUGAAACGAGUUUUAUUUUCUUAUUUUAUACCUGAAACAAAUAUACAUGCUUUUAGACUAAAAAGGACACACACAAAUAUAAUUACAUAAAGUAUUACAAGUAUUUAAUGAUAUUUACAACUGAAUAUAAUUCUUUUUAAUAUAUUUACACAAAAUAUUUACAAAAGGAGUGAAAACUAGGAAGAGGAGACAUUUAAAGGAAGUUGGGCGGGGUACUUCAGCAGGUAUAAAAUUGUACAAAGAAGGUUGCAUUAAGGGACAAUUGAAGAACAGAUGAUCCACGUUACCCUCGUCUAGGCCACAUUCACAAAGGGAAUUGUCUCUAAUCCUAAAUUUAGCUAAGUCUAAGUAUGCUCUUAGCUCUAUAAAUCUCAGCAUUAGACACUUACAAACUAAGUUUAAUUGUCAGUUGUAAGUUGAUCAUAGAUGUUUUUAACCUGUUGCUUCACUCCAGAUUAAGUACUUAUACAUACUUUAAAUUACCUAACAUCAUGCUAGGGGGCAUAUCUUAGAUGGCAUUUUUAGAUGUUAGGUAUUCACCAGCUACUUUCCCCAACUUAAAGGCUCUUAUGCGCCUAUUUUGGGUGAAUAUAUUCCUGAGUUUAAAUUCCUUUUGAGCAUAUAUAAUUUCGACCUCAGUGCGAGUUAGUCUUCAGAAGGAACAUAAAAUAAACGUGUCAAGACACUGACGGCUUUUCUUUGGUAGCGCUGCUAUUCAUCUUUUGCACGGGAUACCGGCAACGCCGCCUUAUGAUAUUGAAAUAUUCAAGAUAAUUGAAUCAUUAAUACUUUUUGCAUCCAAAUACAGAAAGGAUACAGUGCUGAGUGUCAGGACUUACAUUUUCCACGUAUCCCAAUUUUAUUAAUCUCUUCCUACACACUCAAUAAUUUCAUAUAUAUUACUUACAAUUUCAAAACCCAAAACCAUUUCAUUUCCAAAACCAGUCCUAUUAAUAAUUAUUAACAUACAUGCACUUAUAAUAAUAUGAGUUUUAAUAAUCCUUUUAACUUUGUGGCUCCACCUGCGAGCUAGGGUCCAAAACUUGGACCAGUACUUUUAUUUUGAUGCCAAUUGAUUACCAAUUUUAUCUAUUUAAGUAUGUAGUCAAAGUUAAAUAAAUUUGUUAUUUUUAAAGUGAUAUCCCUCACUUCUGGGAUAAAUAUAUAAAUUUGUACCAUAACUUGAGAGUUGAAAAAGACAUACAAAGAUUUACGAUCCACGCGUCACUCAACCGGUUCGCUCAGUUGGUAAGAGCGCUCGGACGGAACCCGAUAGGCGCGGGUUUCGAGUCCCGCAUCGUUUUUAAAUUUUCGUUACAAAUUUAAUUUGUAAAGCCAAAUAAACUUUAUUAAAAUAGGUUUAAAUUAAGCGCUUUUGAAGGGUCAUUAUAAAUAUUCAGUUACUGAAUCUACCAUAAUUUCGGAAAGUAAGCUCGCGAGAUCAACAUAGAAAGGAACUCACGGGCACUCCUAAAUCUAUGAGUAUCUUCCAAUGGCUGUAAUAUAAAUAACAAAUUAGUUUAUAAGAUACAGUAUAUGAAUCAUGUUCAAAGUUAAAAGUGUUUAAAAUAUCAAAUAUUUUAUAAAAGUAAUAAAUAUCAAACUGUACGUACCUGUAAAAUGUAAAUAUAAAUUAUCGUAAAUUGGAUAUAUCAACCUAUAGAACUUUGAAUUCAUUGUAUAUUGUAUAAAAUUCAUAUUAGUUUUGGACUAUGGAUUUUUUUUUAUUAAUUAGUAUAUGAUUCCGGUCUGAACUUCUUGUGACUGCUAUUAAAAUAAAUGGAGCACUAGUUUAUUUUGUGAUUAAAGUGAAUAAUGCUGGUCACUGUAUCAUCACGUCUGGAGAAACCUACUUCACAAUGUAUCCACGCCCGGUGUUAAGUAUUCUAACGAUUAAAUAUAAGAAUUGUAUGUUUGUUAUAUUAUGUGUAUGUGACACUAGGUAUAUGGUGUGCGUUUCACAAUACAUUCCUGUAAUAAUUGGCAUUUCAUUCAAUAAGUUUCAGUAUGAACACAAUUUACUUAAACCAGUCAUAAUUUCGGUCGGGCAGCAGGCAUAAUUUCGGUCACUGACCUUUUACUGCCUGUCUCUGUGUGAAUAUGGCAGUAAAAAGGCAUUUUUCUACGGAAUUGUAUCUGCUCUAAGACCCGUCAGUUUAAGAUAAGUUAAUUAUAAAUUGUUGUCUGAUCUCUUAUAAAUGUUAAAUACAUUUAUAAAUGAUGUAUUUAUAAAAGUAUUUUUGUUGGAUUAAGCGAAACUUGAUUCUAGAGUAAGAUCUAUAUUGUAGUGGUUGUUUCUGUUAAUAAAACAUUUGUUGUCGA